AGGGACAUUUCAGCAAACUGCAGACGCGGGAUGCAGUUUGGACUGGCGCAUGUUGAGCACAAGAACAGGACUCUGCGACUUCAGUUUAGUGUUUAAGAGUUCUCUGUAUAUGUCCGUAUCAAUGGAGGCGGAUAUUAAAACGACACCUAAAGGCUUUCAAUGCUCUUUGUGCAAUGUCAAUAUACCAAACCAGCCCAGCCUGGAGCAGCAUGUGAAAGGGCGCAAACACCAGACGCUCAGCACUGUGCGCUGCACCAGGAAGUCCCAGGAGGAGCGCAGUGUGUUUGUGAGCGGUCUGAAGCCGAACAUCUCCAACACUGACCUAGCUGAGUACUUCCAUCGCUUUGGUCCAGUCGUAGAUGUCAUAAUGGAUAAAAACAAGGGGGUGUAUGCCAUUGUCCAGUUUGAUGAGAUUGAUGGCAUGAAUACUGCUUUAUCAUGUGUCGAACAUCGACUGAAAGGCCUGAAGCUCCGUGUCAAACCCAGAGAAAAGAAGGAAUUUAAGUUGAUACCCAAAAAGAAAAAUGACUUCCAGAACCUGCAAGAAGUUUUUGACCGACUCAAGCCUGAGCUCUGUCAGCUGGGAUCUGUAAACGCACAGAUUCUGUACAUGGUAGAGCGUUUUCAGCUUGGAGACAAUGAAAAGAAAGCCAGAAGUUUAGUAAUCCAACUACUGCAAGAGGUCUUUGUUGAGUUCUUCCCAGACAGCAAAAUUAUACCUUUUGGAUCUUCUGUCAACACUUUUGGUAUCCACUCUUGUGAUUUGGACCUGUUUUUAGACUUGGAAAACACCAAGGUCUUCCAAGCUCAUGCCAAAGCCAACUUUGAACAGGCUGGGGAGGGCAUGUCAGAUGAUGGCCGUUCAGAAGACUCCAUAUUGUCUGACAUUGACCUGUCCACAGCAUCUGCUGCUGAAGUUCUGGACUUAGUAGCCACUAUCUUGAAGCGUUGUGUUCCCAAUGUGGACAAAGUUCACGUGGUUAGCACGGCCCGGCUUCCUGUGGUCAAGUUUCACCACAAAGAGCUCAACCUGCAUGGAGACAUCACCCUUAACAACAGACUGGCAGUGAGAAACACACGCUUCCUUCAGCUGUGUUCUGGAGCAGAGGAGAGAUUGAGGCAUCUGGUCUACACUGUGCGACUGUGGGCCAAGCAGAAGCAGCUGGCUGGUAACCCAAGUGGAGGAGGCCCUCUACUCAACAACUAUGCUCUGACACUUUUGGUAAUUUUCUACCUGCAGAACUGUGACCCUCCAGUCCUGCCCACAGUAGACCAGCUCAAACACAUGGCCUGUGAGGAGGAGGAGUGUGUGAUUGAGGAUUGGGACUGUACUUUCCCCACUCAAGCCAUUGCUGUGCCUGCAAGCAAAAACACUCAAGACCUUUGUGGGCUACUUGCUGGCUUCUUCAGCUUCUAUGCCAAGUUCGAAUUUACCACAAGUGUCAUUUCCCUCAGAACUGGACAGUCUGUGCCAACUGAAACUUUUCUGAAAAAAGCAGAUGAAGCCAUGCAAGAGGAUUCAACCUCUAAGCAUCAUCACGGCGGACCCAAAAUUGGCCCUAUGAAUAUCUUGGACCCUUUUGAGCUUUCUCACAAUGUAGCCGGGAACCUAAAUGACCGCAUAGCCCGCAGCUUUCAGAAGGAGUGCCAGGAGGCGGAGAAAUAUUGCCGCAGCUUGCAGUACCAGAGCAAAUCCAGCAAAGGGAAGUCAUGGGGGCUGGUGCGCCUGCUCACCCCACACGGGGAGGUGCAGCAGGCCCGGGCCGAGCUCUUCACAAUCAGUAUUCCCUUCAAAUCAGACGUGCUCCCAGAAGACCUCCGUAAUCAACAGCACAUAGCCAAGGAAGCCUUCUCUUUACUGUGGUUUCAGAGAGUUUGUGCUGUCAUUGAGAGCAUUUUCCAGAACGUUCUCAAAUGUCAGCUUGUCUCUGCUCCGGAGGUAUUUGAUGCAGGUGAAGAUAUGGACUCUCAGAACUCUUCUCUGGAUGACAGCGGUUUCAGCGUGGACUCUUCCCUUGAGUUUGGGCCAAACAUCGGAGUCAAAAGGCCGCUGUCAUCUGGCAGCGAUGACUCGGUGUCACCUCACGGCAAGAAGCCAAGGUUGUCCAAAAGGGGACGCACCACACUGUCUCCUUGGCUGUGGGAGCAGAGGCACGUGGUGUGGGCAGGGAGGAGGAAAGUGAGGCGAGAGCUGAUCAAAGACUCUGAGGCUAAAGCAGAGGGCAGCUGUGUGGCUCUAGAGACACAGGUCACGUCUCAUAUCACUGAGAAGGAGCCGGAGCUUAAAGAGGUGCUGCAGUUCAAACUGCAGCCUCAGGUAGUGGGGGCGACAGAGAGUACAAGCACACUGCUAAAGUUUCAGCCCAUCCAAGACUCGGUUGGAGUCUUUCAAGACUUCUUCCAUUUUCUUGAAGUGUUUCUGCCCAAGAUGGUAGAGACAAUGCUUCUGAAAAGAAUGGAUAAUGCCUAAAUGUUUACCUGUUGUUGUCAAUGUUGAAGUUUAGGCUGUAUUUGUACUCCUUAAGUAGCUCUAUUGCAGCUAGAUCGUGUCCCUAAAAUUUUGUCAUAAGUAUUUUUCUAAUCCUACCUAUACGUGUUUGUAUUGAGAGAUGAGGCUUAAUAUUGGUUUAUAUGUAUAAUAUUGAUAUCUAGAAUGGCUUAAAUUCAGUUUGUUUUAUGAUUAAAAAGCCCAUUUUAUGUUUUUAGUUUUGUUAACAUAGUGCUCCUCUGUGACAUUUCUGGGGGACUGUGUUUCUAGUUGCCGAUUCAUUCAUUUUGGAUCACAUGACAAAGAGCUUGUCAAACACUACCAGUCUCUGACCACUGAUGUUUUAAAUAAAAGUCCUGGUUGUGCUUUGACAGCUGCAG